ACUUUGGAAAUUACGACUUACGGGAGGCCACCGAGUCGUGGAGACAUGGCGACAAUAAUAGAUGGACGAAACAAACGGCUCAAGAUUGGAAAAACAAUGAGGAGAACAUCACCAAUACCCGUUCUUCCUCCUAGAAUUCCUACACCUAUGCCAAAUCAACCAAAAGAUAGUUCCUCAAAACUGAAAAUUGCCAAAUACGAAAAGACAUAUCAAUCUUCUAUAGCGGCUCGUAUGUUACUAUUUACAACUGAUUCUGAAAAAGACAAUGAAAAACGCAUCGUAAAUUAUAAGCAGCAGCAGCCGCCGCCGUCGUCUCUCGCCGCCGCGGUCCCGUGCCACCGUCGCUGCCGCGCUGACGAGGAAGGGGAAGACCGACAACGUCGCCGGACCAGUGCCGUCGCUGUCCCGCCGCUGCCGAACGGAGGCGGUCGCAGUAGUGCCGCAAACCCGGAACAGUCCGCCCGCAGUCGGACGCACCGCACGGACGACACGCACGCGUUGUACGCCGCCGCCGCCGCAAAGGUCGAAGACGAAGUCCGACGAUUGACUCGUGGCUGUUUGCCUUUGCCGACCACAGACGUCGAAGCCGUGGCUCUGGAAUAUCGGAGGCGACGGUACGGGAUGUACGCCACGGCCUCCGUUACAGCGGACGACCGUUACGGUCACCGGUACGGUCUGUCCUCGGGCUUGACGACGUCGUCGCAGGACCCGAAGACUUCUUCGGCCGCCGCAGCGUUCUUCUUGAG